AUGGCCACAUUAAGAACACCUUCCCUUAGAUCACCGUUAUCUUUAUCAAUUCCCUCUCUCAUUAAACCCUUAAUAUACAUUUUAUUUUUUUUUAUUGGUACUGGAUUUGCUCACGUGAUUGAACCUGCCGAAUAUAAGACACCCAUAGUACUAUUUCCACAAUCACACACGUGCGGAGUUAAUGAAGCCGUUCAAUUAAAUAGCUUUACUCAAGGUCAAACAAUCAAUGUUAAAUGGGCAAUUGACACUUCGGGAGAAUGUUCCAUUUAUUUAUCGCCUACUGGCUUAGAGAGUGACUUUCAAAUGAUCGAUUCCUUUUCAAACUGUGGAAAAGACUUUCAAUCACCUGUAACCUUGCCUAAUAACGUUAUCACUAACCAUGGAACUUUACGCUUCCAGUGGUCGCCUGGAUCACCGGAUAACACAUUCACAAGUUGUGCUGACAUUUCUAUAUCUCCUGUUCAAAGUAUCAAAAAACAAAGGCGCAAACGAAAUAACGUGAAAAGAAUCCCUAGAGAUAAUAGUUUUGAACCUGAAAAGCGCGCAGCAUCAGAACGUUCCGCUGAAUCUGAACUAGCAAAACGAGGCUGGUGGGAUGGUUGGUGGAAACGUUCUGCAUCCUCUGAACCUGAAUCUCUCAAAAAACGAGGCUGGUGGGAUGGUUGGUGGAAACGUUCUGUAUCCCCUGAACCUGAACUAGCAAAACGAGGCUGGUGGGAUGGUUGGUGGAAACGUUCUACAUCCCCUGAACCUGAACUAGCAAAACGAGGCUGGUGGGAUGGUUGGUGGAAACGUUCUGCAUCCCCUGAAUCUGAAUCUCUCGAAAAACGAGGCUGGUGGGAUGGUUGGUGGAAACGUUCUGCAUCCCCUGAAUCUGAAUCUCUCAAAAAACGAGGCUGGUGGGAUGGUUGGUGGAAACGCUCUGAAUCCCUUGAACCUGAAUCUGAAAAACUUGAUUAA